AUGUAAAGAAGACUCUCAAAUAUUGACCGAAUAAAAUUAUAAUUCAAACUUAACCUAUAAGUCAAAGAAUUACUAUAGAAAGGUGAAAUAGAUAUAGAUAAUCCUACUCACUUUGAAGUAAAAUUAUUUUAUAGAAUAGGUCAUUUUAGGUAUAUUAUCUAAGGAAUAAAAGUAAAGAAACUUAAAUGAAUUAAGCAUAUUAUCAUAAGCAUUUUCAUCUAUAAAAUAUUUUGCUGAAAUGUAAAAAACUACAAGUGAAGAGGAAAUGCUAAAUCUUUACAGAGAAUUACAAUAUAUUAAUGUACCAGCUCGUCGAACACUUUUUCGUUUCGGAGCAAUUGGAAAAAAUUUUUAUAUAAUUUUGAGAGGAAGUGUAUGGGUAAUCUUAUUCUUUUAAGAUAAAAGGUAUUGGUUGCAAAAAGUGGUUUAGGAGAUGAAAAGAUAGAAGGUAUUGAAAAAAAGGGAGAUAAAAAAAAUGAUAAAAAAAAGAAAGCUGAGAAAGAAUAUGAUGAAGGUGAAGAAUCUGUAUGAUAAAUUUGAUUAUAAUAGGAUGAGGAUGAAUUUUCAGAUUUAGAUGAAGAGAAAAUGCUUGAAAAUAAAUAUCCUAAUAUGAUGAAAGUUGGAAAGAUUGAAUAAGGAGGAAGUUUUGGAGAAAUAGCUUUAACAAAUUGUCUUCCAAGAUAAGCAACUAUAGUAUGUGCAGAAAAUUGUUAAUUUAUUAAAUUAUCAAGAGAAGCCUUUCAUACAUUUUUAUGUAACAUAUAUAUUUUCAAUUCAUUUAGCUGAAUAUUAUAUAAGAAUCUAAAAUAAAAAUUUUGAAUUUUUGAAAUCAAUCAAUAUAUUUACUGAUUGGAAUGAUACUGAUAUAAGUGUUAUUCAAUAUCAUUUUCAACCAAUUGAAUAUACUAUGAAUAAUGUUAUUUAUAAAGAAGGAGAAUAAAUUAAAGGAGUUUAUUUUAUUGUUUCUGGGAUGGUUGAAUUAUAAUAAAAGAGUAGAGAUAUAGAAAAUAUAUAAUAAUCUAAAUAAAUUAAUAAAUAAUCAAUAGUUAUCAACAGAUAUAGUAAAGGUUAAUUAUUUGGAUAUAUGGAAAUCUUAAAAAAUUAAUCUUAAAGAGAAACCAAAAUCAUUUGUUUGACUGAAAAAGUUCAAACUUUAUUUUUGCAAGCAGAUGUAAAUCUAAUUAUUCAAUGUAGAGAUUUAAAUUAUAUUGUUGUAGAGGAGAUUCAUUAAAAACUCUAUAGCAAAUGAUGAAAAAGCUUGAAUAUAUAAUUAUUAAAGCCAAUCAAAUAUAUGGAGAAACAUAAAGAUAAUCUAAAUAAUCAUUAUCUUUAAAUCUUGUUGAAAAUGAUGCCUUAUAACGUAUGAAGACUGAAAAUCAACCUGUUUGUAAGACUAAUAGAAGUCGUAUUGUUAAAAGAUCUUUAGAUAUUUUAGCUGGUGUUUCUCAUUAAUCUUCUAAAAUUUAAAGCUAUUAUGAAAGUGUUUCUUCUUUUUUAAAAGAACCAUAAGUUACUUUAAAUUUAAAAAAUCCUCUUAUUCAUAUUGAACCUAGUAAAAGAUUGAAAAUGCAAUAAUUGUAAUUCUAAUUAUAAUAUUGUCCUCAUCCUCCUCCUCUUACUUGCAGAAUUCCUCAAUUUUCUAAUGGGGAUUCAAAAUAAGUUUUACUUAGGCAACUUAAAUUACCUAGUAUAUUUAAAUAGUAAUCGGAACUAGAUGAUCGUAUAUCUAUUCGAUAAUUAGAUCCUAUUAUUUGA